GGCCGUGGUCUAGUAAUUCUAUGUUUACAUGAUAAGCAUGUUCAUUAUGACAUACUAAAUGAUCAUUUUUUAACAUGCUCACUUUUAAAUACUAAAUGUUUAUGUUUUUUUUUUUUUUUUUUUUUUUUACGUGUUCAUAUUUUUUUUUACUAAUUGGUCAUUUAUAAAUUAUAAUGUGGUGCAACUAAGGCUUGUUACAAAUAGAACAAUUAUUUUGAAAACGAAGGAAGUAUUUACACAAUAAAGGUUACAGCCCCUAUCAAAUAAUUUAGUAGCUUAAAAGUAAGCAGUUUAAUAAUAUUUGGUGGUUUCCAAUCUACCAAACCUAACAUUUGCUGUAGAUUUACAAAUCGACAUUAUACGCAGACUCUGUGCUCGAACACUCUAGCCUGUAAAUCAAUUAAAUUGUUGAUAAAUAGCAGCGGCCAACUGCCAACGGCCCAAUACAUUAAACACUAUGUAGAACUGUAGAAUCCCAUAUAUAAUAAUCACUGAAAUUAAUCACACGAUCUGCAGCAACAAUCAAUUUCAAUUAUGUUGGCGGCACUUACUACUUGCACGGCCGUGAAUGUGCCGCUGACACCGCCCAAGGCUACUCGCCUCCAAAAUCUCCGUCCAAUUUCGCCGCACUUUCCAUGUUUAUCUCAGCCGUUCGACUUCAAUUGUCGACGCCAUAAUCAGCGCGCAAUUCCUCUUGCAUGUGCUACCAAUGCACCUGCAUUUGAUGUCAGAGAUGACAGAGGAGCGAUUGAGUUUUUUGAGAUUGAGAUGAAAGUACGUGACUAUGAGUUGGAUCAAUUUGGUGUUGUUAACAAUGCUAGGUAUGCGAAUUAUAUCGAACAUGCACGUCACGAGCUUUUGGAAAGUAUUGGUCUAAGUGCUAGUUCUGUUGCUCACAGUGGUGAUUCACUUGCAUUGUCAGAAUUGACUCUCAAAUUUCUCGCGCCUCUUAGGAGUGGAGACAAGUUUGUUGUGAAAGUGAGGGUCUCAGACUACUCUGCUGUUCGCUUCUUCUUUGAGCAUUACAUUUAUAAGUUACCAAAUCAAGAGCCUAUCCUUGAAGCUAAGGGAACUGCAGUUUGGCUUAACAAAUAUUUUCGCCCAAUCCGUAUUCCUCCUGAAUCAAAAGUCAAGUUCCUUAAUUAUAUGAGGAAUGGGGUCUCAGCUUGACUGUACAAACCCUCCUGUUUCCUUUUUAUUUAUUAGCUUUUUCUUAUUUUUAGUUUUUGGGUCGGAUGAGCCUCAAGAGCAAUACAAUUACGAGGGGGGGGGGUUGAUUUACUGUUUCCAUUGAGUACAUUAAAAUGACCCUUUGUUCAGUUAAGUGUUGGUAUAAUGUCAAUUAUUUGUAUUCUAGAAUA